CACGAGGAAAGCGGAAGCGGAAAUGUGGAGGCUCACGGAGGUUCGGCCGUGGAACCUUGUUGUUGUUGCUGUGGUGGUGGGGAAGUUCGAGCUCCUCCCGGCUGGCUGCUGACGGUUGCUGUUGUUUUUCGCCGGCUUCGGUUGGUGUUUUAGGCCUUCGUCAUGGUGUGCGAGAAGUGUGAAAGAAAACUUGGUAUAGUAAUUACACCUGAUACCUGGAAAGAUGGUGCAAGAAACACAACAGAAAGUGGUGGGAGAAAAUUAAAUGAAAACAAGGCAUUGACGUCAAAAAAGGCAAGAUUUGAUCCUUACGGCAAAAACAAAUUUGCAAUAUGCCGGAUUUGUAAAAGUUCAGUUCAUCAGCCAGGCUCUCAUUACUGCCAGGGAUGUGCAUACAAAAAAGGUAUCUGUGCAAUGUGUGGAAAGAAAGUCUUGGAUACAAAAAACUACAAGCAAACAUCAGUUUAAUUAUUAUGCUUUUUUUUAAAUUGACCCACUUUGAACUUUGAAUCAAUCGCUAAAUAUCAUUACUGAUAAUACGAUGGCAGACUUCUAGAGAACUUGCAUGGGACAAUUGUGCUAUCUUAGAUCUAAAUUUAAAUCUGCAUUAAUGGCUAUAUUUAUUUGGAGUAAGAAAUAUUUGUUCACCAUAAUUAUUUUAGAAAAAAUGAAGUGUGUAGUAGAUAAUUUAACUUUUCCAACAACUAAGCUACUGUUACAUCAAGAAUAAGGAUUGCUGAACAUACCAGCAAACUCUCAAUAAAAUUGGCAUAUGAUGUUUUAUAGGAUAAUUGAAAAUUUAAAUAUAAUACUGUGUAGUUUUGGCAAUCCAAUUACAGCAAUAGGCAGGUUCAAUUCAUUUGUGUUACAUACUAGAAUUCCUUGCAACAAAGGCUUGCAAAUAACAGUACAUGAGCAUUGAAUGUCAUUCUGCUGGAUUGGUUGCACAUAAAUACUGUACCUUGAUUGAUAAUUGUUUUUACAUAAAUAGACAUUUUUAAUAUAGCUUAAAUUUAAGAUAGCAUUAAUAUUUUUAAAAUAAAUAUCUAGCUUGAUUAGGUACAAUUAGUAUAGAGGUAUUACUUGUUAAAGAAUGCAGAGUUCCUAAUUUGUUAUAUUCGUAUUCUGGAUUUUAUUUUGUUAGUCUCUUAUAUACAUUUCUACAAUAUCUGAUGGUUAAUAUGUUUGUGCAUUUUUAUCUGUUGAAAAAAACAAGCAAGUUUUUAAUUGCAGAGGGAAUUACACUGGCCUGUAGGCUACAUGACUGAACUGGAUAGAGUUGUAUUGGUUUGAUUUUUUUUCUGCCAAAUUGUAGGUGCAAUGUCAAAUUUUAAAGAAAUCAUUAAAAAGGGGCAAUCACUAUAAUUUUAAUCAUGUUUUAAUUAAUAGCUUUUAUUAAGUUGAAAUUUUUAUUGUGAUAGUAUUAAUUUUGAUUGUUUAGAGGAUCUAUCCUGGUGCCCAUAUCAUUGGUUUUUAAUUUUCACAAACACCAAUGGCUCUGGGGCCAACAAAAUGCCCCUUUGAGUUGAAUAUCUUAAAAAUGGAUAACCCAUAUGAAUACUCUAUUUAACUUUGAUGCCAAUAACUGAACCAUAGGAUAUAAUUGUCAACUAAUAAAUAUACUCCCCACACACCAGAUAUGAGUUGCAUUCAAUACCAAACCUAUGGGAUUCCCUCAUCCCCAACCAAUACCUUGUAAAAAAAUAUUUCCAGCAAGCAAAAUUGAUUCUGAAUAGUAAUGGGAAGAAUCAGACACUAAACCAAAUUGUUUAUUUUUACAGACCAUAUUUCAAAAGUAGUAUAACCAGCAUACCAACCUAGUAGGAAGUUAUAAAUGUUACAAAGAUGGGUUCAUCAAAAACAUUCCAGUAUCAUUUUAUUUAUUUGUAUCCUGCCUUUAUUAUUAAUUUUAGAAAUAACUCAAGGUGGAGAACAUAUCCAACACACCUCCCUUCUCCUAUUUUCCCCACAACAGCUGCCCUGUGAGGUGGGUUGGCUGAGAGAAAAUGCCUGGCCCAAAGUCACCUACCCAAUUUAUCCUGUGCCUUUUCCCCUUUCCUUAUGUUUGAAAUGUAAGUCGUCAAAGGCAUAUAGGCUACGAUUCUGCUUUUGGUCAAGUCUGCCCAGCUGGGACAUGAGUUCAAUGUAUAUUAUUUUACUGUUUUUAUGCUAAUAAAUCUAUGUUGUAUCUUC